GGAGGGAUCGCCGGCUUCCGCGCGCACUGAGCUGGGGCGGAGGGAUCCAUACGCUGGAACCGCCCGCCGGCGAGGGAAGGAGGGAGGGGGCGAGUGAUGCGGAGCGGCCGGGCUGGCUGAUGCGAGAAUCCCAGUAGCUAGGCAGCCUCCCUCUUUUCUCUCCUUCCUUCCUUCCACCCCUGCGGUAUGUAGGAAGGGAGAGGCAUCAAUGGAAAGGCUGAAAUACGCGUAGAUGGACGUUCAAAUGCAUUUUUUCUUGAGAGAGGAAGAUAAAUCCCAGUUGCCAGUACACUGACUUUUUUGUUGCUGUUGCAUUGCUUGGUAAAAAUGGGGUUCACUUACUCCGACUAAAUCCUUGGAGCGUUUCAGAGAGUUGCUGCAGUGAAGGACUUCUCAUAUUUUUUGCAUCAGAGGAGCUACAUUGAUGUUAACCAUUUUUUUGUAAAAUGGAGAACGAAAUAUUCACACCCCUUCUGGAGCAGUUCAUGUCUAGCCCUCUUGUCACCUGGGUUAAGACAUUUGGACCGUUAGCUGGAGGAAAUGGGACCAACCUGGAAGAAUAUGUGGCGCUAGUGGACGGCGUGUUUCUGAACGAAGUCAUGCUGCAAAUUAAUCCAAAGUCUGCUAAUCAGAGGAUAAACAAAAAAGUAAACAACGAUGCAUCAUUAAGGAUUCAAAAUUUGUCUAUUUUGGUGAAACAAAUAAAAACUUACUAUCAGGAGAGUUUGCAGCAGUUGAUCAUGAUGUCCUUGCCAAAUGUAUUAAUAAUUGGCAAAAAUCCUUUUUCUGAGCCAGGUACUGAAGAAAUAAAAAAACUCCUCCUGCUUUUACUUGGUUGUGCGGUUCAGUGUCAGAAAAAAGAAGAAUUUAUUGAAAGAAUCCAAGGUCUGGAUUUUGACACAAGAGCAGCUGUUGCAGCCCAUAUUCAAGAGGUGACUCAUAAUCAGGAAAAUGUGUUUGAUCUGCAGUGGAUGGAUGUCAUUGUAUUGACACAAGAAUAUGUUGAACCUCUCCUGAAAAAUAUGGCGUUACAUUUAAAAAGACUUAUAGAUGAGAGAGAUGAACACUCAGAGACUAUCAUCGAGCUCUCAGAAGAACGCGACUGUCUCCGUUUCCUACCUCAUGCAUCAGCAGCACAGUCACCGUGUGGGUCUCCGGGCAUGAAGCGCACUGAAAGCAGGCAGCACCUGUCGGUGGAGCUGGCAGACGCCAAAGCAAAGAUCAGAAGGCUGAGGCAAGAGCUUGAGGAGAAGACUGAGCAGUUGCUUGACUGUAAACAAGAACUUGAACAGAUGGAAGCUGAACUAAAGAGACUUCAGCAAGAGAAUAUGAAUUUACUCUCAGAUGCCCGUUCUGCCAGAGUGUAUAGAGAUGAAUUAGAUGCUCUCCGUGAGAAGGCAAUUCGAGUCGACAAGCUUGAAAGUGAAGUCAGCCGGUAUAAAGAGAGGCUGCAUGAUAUUGAAUUCUACAAAGCUAGAGUGGAGGAAUUAAAGGAAGACAAUCAAGUGUUGCUAGAAACAAAGACAAUGUUGGAAGAUCAAUUAGAGGGGACCCGAGCCCGUUCUGAUAAAUUACAUGAGUUAGAAAAAGAGAAUCUACAAUUAAAAGCUAAAUUACAUGAUAUGGAGAUGGAGCGUGAUAUGGACAGAAAGAAGAUUGAGGAACUCAUGGAGGAAAAUAUGACUCUAGAAAUGGCUCAGAAACAAAGUAUGGAUGAAUCAUUGCAUCUUGGCUGGGAACUUGAACAGAUAAAUAGGACUACUGAACUUUCUGAAGUGCCACAGAAGUCACUUGGUCAUGAAGUAAAUGAACUGACAUCAAGCAGAUUACUGAAGCUGGAAAUGGAAAACCAAAGUCUGCUAAAGACAGUGGAAGAACUACAGAGUGCAGUGGGUUCUGUAGAAGGCAGUAGUUCAAGGAUUCUGAAAAUGGAAAAAGAAAACCAAAGACUUAGCAAAAAGCUUGAAGAGCUAGAGAAUGAAAUUAGCCAAGAGAAACAAAGUCUUCAGAACAGUCAAAAUUUAAGUAAAGAUUUGAUGAAAGAAAAAGCACAGCUUGAAAAGAUGCUUGAAACUCUUCGAGAAAACUCUGAGCGACAGAUUAAACUAUUAGAACAAGAAAAUGAACAUUUGAAUCAAACUGUAGCUUCUCUGAGACAACGCUCACAAAUCAGUGCUGAAGCGAGAAUGAAAGAAAUUGAAAAAGAAAAUAAAAUCCUUCAUGAGUCUAUUAAAGAGACCAGUAGCAAGUUAAAUAAGAGUGAAUUUGAAAAAAAGCAAGUCAGGAAAGAACUGGAACACUAUAAAGAGAAAGGGGAGAGAGCAGAAGAACUUGAGAAUGAGCUGCAUCGUCUGGAGAAGGAAAAUGAAUUAUUACAGAAAAAAAUUACUAACUUAAAAAUUACUUGUGAGAAGAUCGAGGCCUUAGAACAAGAAAACUCAGACCUGGAAAUGGAAAACAGAAAACUCAAAAAAACUUUGGAUAGUCUAAAAAAUCUCACUUUUCAAUUAGAAUCCUUAGAAAAGGAGAAUUCACAACUUGAUGAAGAAAAUUUGGAAUUAAGAAGAACAAUUGAAUCCUUGAAGUGUACAAGCAUUAAAGUGGCGCAAUUACAACUAGAAAAUAAGGAACUGGAGAGUGAAAAGGAGCAACUUAAAAAGAGCCUUGAACUCAUGAAAGCCUCGUUUAAGAAAACUGAACGCUUGGAAGUCAGCUACCAAGGCCUAGACACGGAAAACCAGAGGCUACAGAAAGCCCUUGAAAACAGCAAUAAGAAGAUUCAGCAAUUAGAAAGUGAAUUACAGGAUUUAGAGACUGAAAAUCAGACUCUGCAAAAGAAUUUAGAGGAGUUAAAAAUCUCUAGUAAGCGCCUAGAGCAAUUGGAAAAGGAGAAUAAGUUGUUAGAACAAGAGACUUCUCAACUGGAAAAAGAUAAGAAACAGCUAGAAAAAGAAAAUAAAAGGCUUCGACAACAAGCAGAAAUUAAAGAUAGUACUUUAGAAGAAAACAAUGUAAAAAUCAGUAAUCUGGAAAAGGAAAAUAAAUCUCUAUUUAAAGAAAUAGUCGUAUAUAAAGAGUCAUGUGUACGCCUGAAAGAACUAGAAAAAGAAAAUAAAGAACUUGUCAAAAGAGCUACCAUUGAUAAGAAAACCCUUGUCACUUUACGAGAGGACUUGGUGAAUGAAAAAUUGAAGACUCAACAAAUGAACAAUGAUCUGGAAAAACUUGCCCACGAACUUGAAAAAAUAGGCUUAAACAAAGAGCGUCUCUUGCACGAUGAACAGAGCAGCGAUGACAGUAGGUACAAGCUUCUGGAGUCAAAAUUAGAAUCUACACUUAAGAAGUCUCUCGAAAUAAAAGAAGAAAAAAUUGCUGCUUUGGAAGCUCGUUUAGAAGAAUCAACAAAUUUAAACCAGCAACUCCGUCAGGAACUUAAAACAGUGAAAAAGAACUACGAAGCUCUCAAGCAAAGACAAGAAGAGGAAAGGAUGGUUCAGAAUUCUCCUCCAAGAAGUGGAGAAGAAAAUCAAUCUGUCAAUAAGUGGGAGAAAGAAAAUCAGGAAACUACUAGAGAAUUACUGAAAGUUAAAGAUAGAUUAAUUGAAGUAGAAAGGAACAAUGCUACACUGCAGGCAGAGAAGCAAGCACUGAAGACACAAUUAAAGCAACUUGAGACACAGAACAGCAAUCUGCAGGCUCAGAUUCUUGCACUUCAGAGACAGACUGUUUCUCUACAGGAACAAAAUACAACUCUACAAACUCAAAAUGCCAAGCUGCAGGUUGAAAAUUCCACCCUUAAUUCUCAAAGCACAUCUCUUAUGAAUCAGAAUGCACAACUGUUGAUCCAGCAGUCUACUUUAGAAAAUGAGAACGAAUGUGUACUCAAGGAGCGUGAGGAUCUGAAAUCAUUGUAUGAUUCACUUCUCAAAGAUCAUGAGAAAUUGGAACACCUGCAUGAACGCCAAGCUUCCGAGUAUGAAUCUCUGAUUGCUAAACAUGGAAGUCUUAAAUCUGCACACAAAAAUCUGGAGGUGGAGCAUAAGGACUUAGAAGAUAGGUACAAUCAGUUGCUGAAACAGAAAGUGCAGCUGGAAGAACUGGAGAAAGUACUCAAGACAGAACAGGAGAAAAUGCUGCAGCAAAAUGAAAAACAUGAAAGUGUAGCAGCAGAGUGUAAAAAACUUCGUGAUGAAAAUGAAAGGCUUACUCAUGCAUACAGUCAGCUCUUGAGAGAGAAUGAAGUUCUCCAAACUGAUCAUAAGAAUUUAAAAACAUUAUUGAACAAUUCCAAACUAGAACAAACCCGAUUAGAAGCUGAGUUUUCUAAACUCAAAGAACAGUACCAACAACUGGAUAUUACAUCAACAAAACUAAAUAAUCAAUGUGAGCUGCUUAGCCAGCUUAAAGGAAAUCUGGAGGAGGAAAACAGACAUCUACUAGAUCAAAUUCAGACACUAAUGCUACAGAAUAGAACAUUACUUGAGCAGAAUAUGGAAAGCAAGGAUCUCUUCCAUGUAGAGCAAAGGCAGUACAUUGACAAGCUAAAUGAAUUAAGGCGACAGAAGGAGAAAUUGGAGGAGAAGAUAAUGGAUCAGUAUAAAUUUUAUGAACCAUCUCCACCAAGAAGAAGGGGCAACUGGAUUACUCUUAAAAUGAGGAAGCUGAUAAAAUCUAAGAAGGAUGUUAAUCGAGAACGUUUGAAGUCCGUGACCCUCACGCCUACCCGUUCAGAAUCCAGUGAAGGAUUUCUUCAGCUGCCCCACCAGGACAGUCAGGAUAGUUCCUCUGUGGGCUCAAACUCUCUUGAAGAUGGCCAGACCUUGGGGACCAAAAAGAGUAGUAUGGUUGCACUGAAAAGACUGCCCUUUUUGAGGAACAGACCGAAGGAAAAAGACAAAAUGAAGGCCUUCUACCGUCGCUCCAUGUCCAUGAAUGACCUGGUGCAGUCCAUGGUCCUGGCAGGAGGACAAUGGACAGGUAGUUCUGAGCAUCUGGAGGGUCCUGAUGAUAUAUCUGCGGGUAAAAGGAGGAAGGAAUUGGGAGCUAUGGCCUUCUCUACUACAGCUAUCAACUUUGCAACUGUCAACUCUUCGACAGGCUUCAGAUCCAAGCAGUUACUAAAUAAUAAAGGUAUAGAUACUACAUCCUUUGAAGAUGUAAGUCCGCAAGGUAUUAGUGAUGAUUCUAGUACAGGAUCGAGAGUUCAUGGAGUACAGGACAUUAUCUGUGCAGAUGCUCUUGCUCCUCCUGUUCGUGGCAUUUCAGCAAUGUGCAAGGUUCCUUGUCAAAUCUGUUUGCCCUUUUCUAAAGUGUCCUCUUGGACUGCCUGGAAAUCCCUUCGCUUUCUGAUCUCUUCCAGACCAGCCAGCCUUGAUAGUGGCAGAACAUCCACUAGCAAUAGCAAUAACAAUGCUUCACUCCAUGAAGUCAAAGCAGGUGCAGUUCACAAUCAGAGCAGGCCGCAGAGUCACAGCAGCGGCGAGUUUAGUCUGGCGCACGACCACGAGGCUUGGUCCAGCAGCAGCAGCAGCCCUGUCCAGUAUCUGAAAGGACAGGGGAGGUCUAGUCCCGUGCUCCAGCAAAGAACACCCGAGACACUGGACAGCCGUGGAAAACACAUCAAAAGCGGCUCUCCCGGGAGCGAAGUUGUUACCCUGCAACAGUUUUUAGAAGAAAGCAACAAGAGUACCUCAAGCGAGAUGAAAUCUGCAAGUGAAGAGAACCUUUUAGAUGAAGUAAUGAAAAGCUUAUCUGAAUCUGCGGAGCUGACGGGAAAGGAAAAGCUAAGAAAACAGCCAUCUGCCGGUUGUGGUAUUGUGAGAUCGUUAAGUGUGAAAAACACAAUCGAUUUCUCCGAUGGACGAGCCAUUAAAGCAGAACAACUUGUAAGGCCCAGCCUUCGUAAAACCGACGAUACCUACUUCACCAGCUCUCCAAUAAAAUUUACAUCAGGCGCUCAAGGGAGGGCCAGAUCAGUUAAAGACAAGAUACAAGCACCUGUAUCACAGCGACAAUCAAGAGAUUGCAACCCAUACGCUACCUUACCUCGGGCGAGCAGCGUGAUUUCUACAGCUGAAGGAACUACUCGGAGGACAAGCAUUCAUGAUUUUUUGUCUAAGGACAGUAGGCAACCUGUAUCAGUUGACCCAGCACCAUCUGCCCCUGACAGAAGUGUCCCAUCGACCUCUAGUGAGUACUCAGCACACCAGUUAUCCUCUCAUUUUUUUCACUGCGUGGCUUACCGAGUAGAUUGUGUCCCACAGAGCAAUGCCGCUAAUACAGUUAAACCACGUAACUUAGGAUGUAACCCUGAUGUGCCUACGACCUCGAGGAUGGAAAGGUCAGAUUUCCAUGAGAGAACUUUGCUAAGCACAAAUGUGUUUAAUGAUAAAGCCAGUAUAUCUGGUAAUAAUGACAGCACAGGAUCGUUUACUGUGGCUCAGCCAUUUUUAUCCCUUAACACUGAAUUAGUUAGUAAUAUAAGUGGAUUGCCUCAAAGAUCGCCAGCAAAAAAACCCGAUCAGGCAAAUCUGUCAGCAUUUAGACCAGUACCGAAAAAUCAAGACCAGCCUUCUGCUAAUCAGAAAUCCGAUCACAGUGACCCACGGUCAGUUCCCACUAGUGAAUUUGUCCCUCCCACCUGUGUAAACACUGGCAAGGCUGAACCCCUGCUGCUGGUUUCUGAAGAUAAUAAAACUGUGUGGUAUGAGUAUGGCUGUGUAUGAUAAGGAAGCGGUGUUGUUAAAUAUACAUAUAUAUAUAUAUAUAUAUGAAGAGAGAGAGAGAGCGCCUAAUAUGCCAUAUAGGUGUUCUCAGCGUCCACUGGAUAUAGAGAGAAUUUCAGUACAACAAAAAAAUAAUUUUGUGUUAGACCUGUUGGUUGUUGGUUUCUAGGAACGAUGGCAUAGGGCUCAGUUGUGUACUCUGGCAUGUUUGAAUGUAAAAGUGUAACCUCACCAAAGUUUGCAUGAAACAUUAAUUGCACUGUAUAUAUUUUGCAUGCCUUUAAAAGUCUUUAUAAUGCAAGCUAUAUUUUUAUUUGUCAUGCGUUACAAAUAUUCUGUUUUUUUCCUGUACGUUACUGAAUGCAUGUUAAACCAAUCGCAUGCUGCAUCGCCAAAAGUGGCACAGUGAACAACAUAACUUUCCGGUACAGAGACGAUACUUUUCAGUUGUGCUCGCGCUUUCAGAUUUAUCAGUAACACGUUGAUUAUGUAUUUUGAGUAAAAAUACGUGUCCCCCCACCCUUUUUUUUCAAAACAAGAUACUAACGAAAAGACACAUUAGAGAUAUUUCAGCAUCUUACUGUUUUCCUUUAUGCCGUGUCCUGGCAUAAAUGCACUUUGCACAAGGAACAACUUAUAGCCCAAUAGUUCAGUGCCUCUGGUUUGCACACUAAAUAUGAAUUACUGUUCAUAGUUACUAAAAUAUUUGAACAUUGAUAAAUACAAAGACCAUUCAUAAUCCUAAACAUAAAUGAUAAUUCUUAUGAAGAGGUAAUAAAUAGUCACAUGAUGCACAGCACUUGUGAUAUAAAAAUGACCCUUUCCACCUUUUCCCUUUUGUAUGCUUUGUCUUUCCACAUCUGGUGUACAAGUGAAGUGUGUGCUUUUAUUAGGAGUCAAGUAACAGAGUUAUAUGAGACUCCUUGUGAUGUAUGGUAAUAAAAACCUGUAUUGAUGACGGUGGAAAUUCAUUUUUUCUUAAUAGAAGUAACACUAAUAUAAUAUAAAACAAGAUAUGUAACAAAGUAACAGAAAAACUGUUAAAUUAGCACAGUUAAAUAAAAGAAAAAAUAACAAAAAGAAAUGCUUGCAAAGUUAUGGGAGUAUAGGAACGCUUAAGCAAGUAACUCAUUAAAUCCCAGAUGACCAGCUAAAGAGAAAUGUUGAAAACUAAUUACUUAACAUGCCGCCAUCUCUGCAGUUGUCUGAAACUUCUCAAUGGUAAAUAUAAACAGAGUUUAAAAUUGUAUCGUUCUUAAACUAGAAUUACAUGAGGCUUUAGACAUUAGCACUUUCUUGCAAGAAGAAAUAGUUACUGACAGUUAUUGUAGGCCAAAAUUACGUAAGCUAUAAAAAACCUGAAUGAAAAUAUAUCUAGGGAAAAAAUAUUUAAAAUUGAAAAUAAAUAUUGAAAAUAAUGAAUGUCAUAUUCUGAUUUUUACAACUGAAUUUAUUUCGCCGGAGGUUUUGUGGCAGUCGUGUUGCUGCUCUGUGCGUUGAAGUUAGUGUGUAAGUAGUGCUGCAGAUACCCAGCUCCUCAAGGGAGCGUGGCAGACAUCCUAUACGUUAGUCUUCACCGUCUCCAUUGCGUACAGGAGAAUUGUUAAUGCCAGAGCUCCGGCUACAUUUCGAGGUGGGGAAAAUGAGCAAGGGGAGAAGAUUGGAUGUUUCAAAGAUAUUCUGUGGAGGGUAAAAUUACUGUUUCCACAUGUCAAGCUGCCGAUGACCGUGUCUACAGGCAUGUGUUAUUAUUGGGCUGAUAAAUUUCUCACUUCUCUUCGAUGUUGUUCACAGCAUGCUGGUAGUUAUUGCAGUAUUCCCUCUAGAAUUGUCUUACCAUUUAAAAAAAAACAACCAAACCCAAAUUUGAAAUAUAGUCUUAAUCACACGCAUUUACUUUCAUGCAGCAAGAUCAGUGUUCUGAUCUUGGGUCCUGUCAUUUGACUUCAUUUCCAUUAAUCUGUAGAUGUGCUGGAAUUAGCUUUGAGAUGAACAGUGCUGUUAGCUGAAGUGAUGUGUGCGUAAUACAUUUUGCAAGUCAUUUAAGGAAUUAGAGAACAAAAUCUUACC